AUGGGUCUUUUUUCAAGAAAACGGGAUCAUACGCCUGCUGUGCCUAAGGAGAAACUUAUUCCAUGUGAUAAGAUAUUCUUGGACCCUCCUGCCAAGUAUGGUAACGCAGCUCCACUAGAAUCAAUCUCCGAAGAUCAAAAUGAAAAAUAUAGAGCUGUCUUGGGACAUUUCCAGGAUGAUAGCCUGGAAUUGCCAGAAAACCUCAGUGACCUUGAUAAUGGGACACAUGCCAAUGCGAGACCCUUGAGUGAUUGGGAAAAAUUUUGGCUUUCUAGAGAGUGUUUCUUAAGGUAUCUAAGAGCCAAUAAAUGGAACACCGCGAAUGCUAUAAAAGGCCUGACCAAAACCUUGGUGUGGAGGAGAGAAAUUGGACUUACACAUGGCAAAGAAGAUAAAGAACCUCUCACUGCAGAAAAAGUUGCCGUUGAGAACGAAACUGGUAAAGAAGUUAUUUUGGGUUUUGAUAACGCUAAAAGACCUCUAUAUUACAUGAAAAAUGGUCGUCAGAAUACAGAAUCUUCCUUUAGACAAGUCCAACAAUUGAUUUACAUGAUGGAGACUGCAGUAACUGUAGCUCCUCAAGGCGUGGAAAAGAUCACGGUCUUAGUAGAUUUCAAAAGCUAUAAAGAACCAGGUAUAAUCACUGAUAAAGCUCCACCCAUUUCUAUUGCUAGGAUGUGUUUGAACGUCAUGCAAGAUCAUUAUCCUGAAAGGUUAGCUAAAUGUGUCUUGAUUAAUAUCCCAUGGUUUGCGUGGGCUUUCUUGAAAAUGAUGUAUCCAUUCCUUGACCCUGCCACUAAGGCGAAGGCCAUAUUCGACGAACCAUUUGAAAAUCACAUAGAGCCAUCUCAGCUAGAUGCUCUAUACAAUGGUCUUUUGGAUUUCAAGUAUAAACAUGAAAUUUAUUGGCCAGAUAUGGUUAAGAAAGUUGAUGAUUUACGAUUGAAACGUUUUGAUAGAUUUUUAAAGUUUGGGGGCAUUGUGGGAUUAAGUGAAUAUGACAUCAAGGGCCAACAUGACGAGUUAAGAUAUCCCGUUGAUAUGGUCAUCUAA